UGGAAGGAGGUGUGUAGGGUGGGGAAAGAAAAUUUUGAGGUGUUGAGAUAGGUUUGAGUAUGACAGAUGCUAGAAACCCUAGGAUAAGAUUAGGGUUAUGCUAGAUGCAACUUUUAUUGCUAAAAAAUAAAUAGGGGUUACAACCAGCACACGUCAGAAUAAAAAAACAACAAAGACACACAAUACAAACACUCAAGUAGGGCUUGGUUUAAAGGUGGUAGGAAGGCAGCGGUAGGGGGCUGUGGUUGGGGAAAGAAAGGGGGUUGGGAUGGCUUGGCGGCAAAGGACAGCAGGUUGGAAGGCUUGGUGAUAAGGGGCAACAAGUAGGGAAGGCUAGCGACAAAGGAACAAUAGGUUGGAAGGCUUUGGCGGCAAAGGAAAGUAGGUUGGAAGACUUGGAGACAAGGACAACAAGUAGGGGAGGCUAUGGGAAGCAGGGCGCGAUAGAUAAAAACCCUUUUAGGACGAGUUACAGCCAGAGCACCUUCUUGCCUUCAUAUACAACUCUAGGAGGAAAAACUGGACGUCUUCGGCUGUUCUAGCUGAAAACUGAAAGCAAGACCACCAUAAAAAACAACCAAUAACUAGGUCUAUCAGAUUUGAAGUUUUGCUUCUACGAGGGAAAGCGAAAAGAAGAGAACUUAGCCGAGAUGGCUCGUACCAAGCAAACUGCUCGGAAGUCCACUGGAGGGAAGGCUCCCAGGAAGCAACUUGCUACAAAGGCUGCUCGGAAGUUUGCCCCUACCACUGGUGGAGUUAAGAAGCCCCAUCGUUAUCAACCCAGUGCAGUUGCUCUCAGAGAAAUUCGCAAGUAUCAGAAAAGCAUUGAACUGUUGAUCAGGAAGCUUCCCUGUCAGAGACUUGUGAGAGAAAUUGCUCAGGACUUCAAGACUGAUCUGCGUUUCCAGAGCCAUGCAGUGCUUGCAUUGCAGGAAGCUGCAGAAGCCUACCUUGUUGGCCUCUUUGAAGACACAAACCUUUGUGCUAUCCAUGCAAAGAGGGUGACCAUGAUGCCUAAAGACAUUCAACCUGCCAGGAGGAUUCAUAGUGAAAGGGCUUAAAACCAAGCCUACUACCUCCACGUUG